AACAUUCCAAGCCCAAACCCGAAUCAUCAUCGCUCUUCUAACCUCGGAAGUCAGAAGUAAAAAUCCAUUUCGACUCUCUUCACAAACCCCACAUCCAUCUCCAUCUGGUUAGGUUCAAUGUUGACGAAGGAGGAGCAGCGUGAUGUCCACCUCCCUGAACAUGUUGUACUCAACAUUCUCUGCCGGCUGCCCCUCAAGUCCUUGAUCCGCUUCACUUGUGUCUCUAAACGCUGGCGUUCUGUUAUCAUUUCCGACCCCCAAUUUGCCAACUCCCAUUUCCAACUAGCAGCAUCUCAGCUCCGUCGAAAUGUCCUCAUCUCCACCCACCCUAUCUUGAUUUCGAAAGGUACACUCGGAACAACCCAUACUAUGUUACCCUCUCGAUUUCACUCCUUAGACGAUGACUUUUCGGUCAGAAGUCUCACCUUCCCAUCCGAGCCGAAUCGCGACAUUGUAGUAAUGGGCUCCUGCAAUGGUUUGGUAGUUUUCGGCAAGUUCUAUCGCCAUGCUUUGGUACCUCUAGGCCAAUUAUAUUGUGAUUAUUAUAAAACUUUGGGAAUCUGGAACCCAUCUACUGGAUUCUUCCGCAACAUACCCAGUCCAAGUCUUCAGAUUGGGAUGAUAAAAUUGACAGAUGAAAAGAAAGAAAGGCACAUGAGCUGUGUAUAUUAUGGUUUUGGUCAAGUGUCGGCCUCCGGUGACUACAAAUUUGUAGUGAUACCAAACUUUGGUGGUUUUAUGGAAGUACAGGUGUUCUCAGUGAGAACCAACUGUUGGAAAGUUGUUAAAGCUCCUUACUUGUCGCCGUACCGCCUCUGGUCUAAACAAUGGGGGACUUAUUCAAAUGGAGCAGUUCAUUGGGUCAGUCAUCGCGAACCAGGGAUUUUUGAGCCAUCUGUCUAUGCUUUUGAUCUUGCAAAUGAGGAGUUUCGGGAAAUGCCAUUGCCUGUUCUCAGCCACAAUGAAGAUGGCAUGAAAAUGACGCAAGUAAGAACUCCGGUUCUUGUAGGAGGAUGUCUUUGUGUGAUGUUUCAGGAUUUUGAUGAGUGUAGUGAAUUUUGGGCAAUGAAAGAGUAUGGGGUGCCUGCAUCUUGGGUUAAACUCUUUUGCUUUAAUGUACGUGAUUUACCAGUUGUGUUUGCUCCAUUCUUUAGCUGCUAUUACUGGGAUCCUAUUUUCAUUGCAGAAGACGGUACAGUUGUGAUCAAAUUGCAUAAGAAGAAGGAGUUGGUCAGGAUUAAAUGCCAUAAAGAAGAGAAGCCAGUCUGCACCGAACGGUACGGUCUUGAGGAAGUGCCUGGAUUUAAGUGUUUAUUUGAUGCCAGUUUGUAUGAUGAAACUCUUGUUUCGGUACCUGAGUGAUUAUGGUGAUUCAUGUGGCCUGAGACCCAGAGGCGUGAAAAACUUAGAAGCAAGAACAGAAAUGAAGAGGGAUUGCUACGUGCAUUCUAUUGCUGGUUUCAUCUUCGGUUCUAACUAUUAUAAUUUGGAUUGCAUUCUGUUGCUGGUUUCUACCGUAGGUAUUGUAAUAUGGAUUCUCCACCUUUGGUGUUUAAUGAGUGUGGAUCCUUCUACUUUGUUUCACCCAAUGAGCUGUGUGUUUUGGUGUGUGUAAUUGAGGAGUCAGAAACUAUGAAGUAUGUCUAUUACUAUGUCUAUUACUGCUAUUGCUGCAGCAUGAUGGAACUUGUUUUAUAAUUCUUUACAUUUGCUCUACAGUCUAGAAAUUCUUGCUUAUUGCCCCAUAUGAGAUAUAUAGCAUAAUGGAUUCUUUUUUAUUUUUAUUUUUUUUCAUAGCAUUGUUGUUUGAGAACAUAAGUGUACUUG